AUGGAGAAAGAAAAUGCAACAUUGUUUGUACAGUUUGAACUGACAGGACUCACAGAUCAUCCAGGUCUUCAGAUGCCCCUUUUCUUUUUAUUCCUGGUGAUCUAUCUUGUCACCAUUGUGGGGAACUUUGGGCUGAUCAUUCUCAUCUGGAAUCACCCUCGUUUACACAUCCCCAUGUACUUUUUCCUUGGGUGUUUGGCCUUUGUGGAUGCUUGUGUAUCAUCUUCAGUAACACCCAAGAUGCUGCUCAACUUCUUACAGCUAGGGAAGAGGAUUUCUCUUUAUGAAUGCUUGAUACAGUUUUUUUCCUGUGGAAUCUGGGUUACCACGGAAUGUUUUAUUUUGGCAGCUAUGGCUUAUGACCGCUAUGUAGCUAUAUGUAAACCUUUACUUUAUCCAGUUAUUAUGACCAAUAGACUCUGUAUUAUUCUAUUAGUCUUAUCAUUUGCAGGUGGAUUUCUUCACACUUCCAUUCAUGAAGUGUUUUUAUUUAGAUUAAUCUUCUGCAAUUCCAACAUAAUACAUCAUUUUUAUUGUGAUAUUAUACCAUUGUUGAAGAUUUCAUGUGUUGACACCUCUAUGAAUUUUCAACUUCUGUUUACCUUGGCUGGUUUUAUUCAAGCUUUCACCAUUGCAAUUGUUCUUGUGUCAUAUACAUUUGUUCUGUUUACAAUUUUAAAAAAGAAGUCUGUGCAAGGCAUAAGGAAGGCUUUCUCCACCUGUGGAGCCCAUCUCUUAUCUGUGGCUUUGUACUAUGGCCCUCUCCUCAUCAUGUAUAUUCUCCCUCAAUCUCAACAAGCAGGUGAUCAAAAUAUGAUAGUUUCUCUAUUUUACACAAUCAUAAUUCCUGCAUUAAAUCCAAUGAUCUACAGCCUGAGAAACAAGCAAGUUAUAGAUUCUCUGACAAAAAUGUUGAAGAAAAAUGCUUAG